CAUAAUCAAGCCCUCCUGCCAUUUCUGUCCAACCCACCAGGGCCCGAAGCACGGGACCGGACGGGGCGAGGAGAGUGAAACGGCGCGCAAUCGCCGCCACCGCCGCGUCGGCACGUCCGCCCCACCUCUUCGCUUAGGCACGCGCCAAAACCAGUCACCGGCCGCAAUCUGCCAAUCUCCCGAGCCGCAGUCCUACGCUCCGGCUCCUCCACCUCCUAACCGCAUUUGUUGAUGACGGCGGAGCAGGAGUGGAGUGAGGUCCAGGUCCGGGCCCUCGACGGGCGAUCCACGGUCGUCAAGCUGCCCCUUGGCGCCUCCGUCCGGGACCUCAAGGCCGCGCUCCGGACGUCCUUCUUGCCCGCGCAAGUCUCCCCCAGCUUCCACCUCUUCCUGAAGGGUGCUAAAUUGCGUUUAGACGCUGAGAUUGGCAGCCUUGCUAUCGGCGAUGGGGACUUCAUUGUUCUCGUACCCUUCACAAGGACGCCACAGCAGCAUUUUUCAGUUAGCACAGCAAGUCAAGAUCAGGGCCACUGUCCACCAAAACAACCAGAAGUGUCUUCUGCGGCUAAUUCAGCUUGGCAAGACAUUAUGGAUGACCUCUCAGCAAUGCCAGCCAGCCCACAGUCUGAUGCUGCUUCCAAAGAUUUUUACUCCUCAUGUGACCCGUGCUCUGGGAGAUUUACGGAGGAUAUGAAAGCGGGUCAAAUUUCGACAAGUGGGUCAUCAAGGAAAAGGAGGAAAACAUGCAAGGAAAACGGAAAUGGUUCCCCACAAAUGGUGUCCUCGUCUGAAGCAAAUGGUACAGCUGAGAAACACAACAUAAGCAAGAAAAGUGGGGUGGCCAAAUCUGCUGCUAUGUUAUGUCAUGAUAUGCAACCUUUGAAACCUGCUGAAAUGGUUGAACAUCUGAAACAAGGACUUGGAAAGGAGGGGCAGAUCGUACAUAUCCAAGAGAUAUCAUCUAGAGAGGCAUCAUUUACAGAACUUCCUUGUAAUCUUUCAGAAGCUAUGAGAGAAGCGCUGAAGAGUAUUGGAAUAUCUAGACUGUAUAGCCACCAGUCUCAAGCCAUAACAUCCUCUAUUUCUGGAAGGCACAUUGUCGUUGCAACUUCUACAUCAAGUGGAAAGUCUCUAUGUUACAAUAUUCCUGUUCUUGAAUGUCUUUCCCAAGACUUGAUGGCGUGUGCUCUGUACAUAUUUCCGAUGAAGGCUUUAGCUCAAGAUCAGUUGAGGACUUUAAUAAAGUUGAAGAAUGCAUCUCAUAUUGAUGUUGAUGUUAAAAUAUAUGAUGGUGAUACUCCUAGAGAAGAUCGUUUGUGGAUCAGGGAUAAUGCUCGACUGUUAAUUACCAACCCGGAUAUGUUGCAUGUGUCAAUCUUGCCGUAUCAUGGUCAAUUCCAGAGAAUUUUAUCAAAUCUCAGGUAUAUUGUCAUUGAUGAAGCACAUUCAUACAAGGGGGCAUUUGGCUGCCAUACUGCGCUCAUAAUUCGGAGAUUGAAGCGUAUUUGUUCAAAUGUUUAUGGUAGUUGUCCUACAUUCAUAUUUUGUACAGCAACCUCAGCAAAUCCAUGUGAGCAUGUCAUGGAAUUGGCCAAUUUGGAUGAAGUCGAGUUGAUUCAGAAUGAUGGAAGUCCUUGUGGUUCCAAGUACUUUCUCUUGUGGAAUCCCUCACUACCUAUGACAGAAGGAAGGUCAAAAGCUAGUUCAGUACAUAGGCGCUCAAGCUCAAUAGUAGAGGUUUCAUAUCUAUUUUCCGAGAUGGUUCAACAUGGCCUCCGCUGCAUUGCAUUCUGUAAAAGUAGGAAGCUAUGUGAGCUUGUUCUAGCUUACACGCGUGAAAUUCUUCAGGAGACUGCAAAAGAAUUGGUAGAUUCUAUCUGUGUAUAUCGUGCUGGCUACAUAGCUGAGGACAGAAGAAAAAUCGAGGCUGAUCUUUUUGGGGGGAAACUUCAUGGAGUCGCUGCUACUAAUGCUCUUGAGCUAGGAAUUGAUGUUGGACAUAUUGAUGCAACAUUGCAUCUUGGAUUUCCUGGUAGUAUUGCCAGCUUGUGGCAGCAAGCCGGUAGGUCUGGAAGAAGAGCUAAACAAUCACUAGCCAUUUAUGUUGCCUUUGAGGGUCCUUUAGAUCAGUAUUUCAUGAAGUUCCCACAUAAACUAUUUGGCAGGUCGAUUGAGCAUUGCCAAGUUGAUUCACAUAAUCUAAAGGUUUUAGAACAGCACCUUCCUUGUGCUGCUUAUGAACAUCCCUUGUGCGUGCAAUACGAUGAGUGCUACUUUGGCUCUAGUCUCGAUAGUGUAAUGACAACCCUUAAAGACAAAGGUUAUAUCAUCAAUAAUCGAGCUGGACCUUUUUCUUCAAGCAUGUGGAACUAUAUUGGACCCGAGAAAAGCCCUUCACAGGCUGUAAGCAUACGGGCAAUUGAGCAGGACAGGUAUAAAGUGAUUGACAAGUUAAAUAGUCGAUUACUUGAGGAAAUUGAAGAAAGUAAAGCCUUUUUUCAGGUUUAUGAAGGUGCUGUUUACAUGCAUCAGGGUGCCAAUUACUUGGUUGAGGAACUUGACUUGGCAUCAAGGACAGCCUUCUGUAGGAAAGCUGAUUUGAAAUAUUACACGAAAACACGAGACUACACUGACAUCAAUGUUCUCGGAGGAGAAUUUGCUUAUCUUCCUACAAGUAUAUGUAGAACUAAUCGGGUGAAGACAACUGCUCAAGCAAAUGACUGCACGGUGACUACUAAAUGGUUUGGUUUUUAUCGCAUAUCAAAAUCUAGCAAUACAAUAUCCGACAGCUUCGAGCUUAACCUGCCCCCAUACUCCUUUACUUCCCAGGCUGUUUGGGUGCGAAUUCCCCACUCAGUAAAGAUGACCGUGGAGGAAAGCAAACUAGAAUUUAGAGGCGGCUCACAUGCUGCUUCGCAUGCACUCCUGAAUAUAGUGCCUCUGCAUAUGAUGUGCAGUGCUUCUGACCUAGGAACAGAGUGCGCUAAUCCUCAUGAAAGCCGUGGCAUCCCAGACAGAAUCCUUUUAUAUGAUAGACAUCCAGGUGGUAUCGGCAUAGCAUCACAGGCCCAAAUGCUCUUCGAGGAACUCCUCCUGGCUGCUUUAGAAGUCGUUUCCACGUGCAACUGCACAAGUGCCGUUGGCUGUCCAAACUGCAUCCAAUCACUGACGUGCAGCGAAUAUAACGAAGUUUUGGACAAGGAGGCAGCGAUUUUGAUUCUGAAGGGAGUAAUCGACUACGAGAGAUCGUAUUUUGAAGCGGAAGACGCUUCUCAGCGAAGCUGCUGACGUCGAGGCUACAGUAGGCAGCGAGGAGUGACGUGUUCAUUACUGUUUGUUCGUUUGGUGUUUCUCUCGUGUAUGUAGAUGGGAGAGGUUCGGUCUGUAUCUGCACUCACAUUUGUAGCCUCGUCAUAUCAAAGUUGAUAUCAUAUCCUACGACAAUCAGGUCCA